AUGGCCGCCGCGUCCAGCAAGGAAUGGCAGCACACGCAAGUGUCUGCGGCGGGCACGAUCGAGCCGUUGCAUGUGCACGCGCUGCUCGAGAUGCUGGGGCGAAAGGUCAAUGUGCCACCGACGGUAUUUGUAGUGCGCGAGUCGCAGCUCCGGCGCGCCGACGACGAGUCGCAACGGCCACUCGAAAUGAGCGACUCGAAAUGGAGCAAUGUACGGCGAGCACGCGAGCAGACGCGGAUCACUGUGCGCACAGAAGACACGACGUAUGUACUUGCCGUAUACUUAUCCAGCCAAUUCCUCUUGCCGCUGCCGCCGGCGCCGCCCGGUGCGACGCCUUCCAUGCUCGUGCGAAGUAUUGUCAUGGCACAGGAAAUGACCCCUUGUGCUGCAACAACGACACCCGCGCCGCUCGAGUCGAGCACAAUUUUUUCUACGCCUGUCCAUGUGCUUGAAAUGCAUGCCGCUCACCAUACUGGCUGGGACGUGCUUGCACACUUACUCAAUUGGGCCCCAGCGCGCGAGCAAUUGCACUUUGGUCUGCGGUUUGUCUUGCUAUCAGAAGAUCCGCGCGUAGUGCAUGAACUCCGUGUGUUUCGCUCGACAGAGUGGACCUCCUUGCAGUCAGAUGCGCAUUCUGUACAUGCCAUUGCACCAGGAAUGCACGUUCGCGCGCUCAGCAGUUUUCGCUCCGAUGUCGGGCCUGGCGUGCCGAAGCGCGAGCAAGAGGCAUCUGCACGCGCGCUGGAGUAUGCGCUCCACCAUAUGCAGCAACUGCAAAAGUCGCUCGAUCCGUUUGUGCCGCUGCACCGCGAUGUGUAA